AUGAUUCACCCACAUUCAUCACUUCAACACAAGUUCAUCAACAUCGCGACUGAUUUCUUUACAAAGUGGGUUGAAGCAGAACCUUUGAAGGAAGCAUCUGGUGGCACGUUGCGACAAUUCCUAUUCAGAAACAUCAUCUGCAGAUUUGGGAUCCCAGAAGUUUUUGUUUCGGACCCGGGGGCAGCUUUCAUGGGUGGUGAAGUUGAUAAAUUGACAAGAGAAUGGGGAAUACAGUUCAUCCAUUCCAGUCCUUACUAUGCUCAGUCUAACGGUCAAGCGGAGGCCAGCAACAAGAUCAUUAUCAAUUUGCUGAAGAAGAUGUUGGAAGCUAAUCCACGACAGUGGCAUGAGACACUUUAUGAAACUCUUUAG